UCAGUUUAAUUCACAACCCUGUUUUCUCCAUUCCCUUUUAGCUGUACACAAUGCUUUACUCAUUAACAACUAAAUUGAAGCGACAAAUAUUUAAUGUUGUGUCUUCCCUUUGAAUGUCAUAGUGCUGAUAUUGCUUGCUUGUGGCCAACCUAAAAUAGAUGAUGAAAUCUUUCUUCUCAUUUUUUUCGGGGUGUAACUUAGGUAAUAAAAUAGGAAAACUAAAUUUUCUUUGAAUGGGGAUAACUUCUUUUGUUUAAUGUGCUAUCGCCAAGACAUACCUAAGGCAAUGAAGGGUGCUGCUGAGGGCUUUUGGGUUCUAGCCUUCUGGGCUUCUCUCUGGGAAAGGUACUUGGGUUUCUUUUAGACUUUGGUUUCCUCGUCUUUUAUACAGGCUUAACCACAAAGACUACUGUAGACUUAUCAUGAGAAAUGAACUCACACGUGCCAGAAGGGAUCAGUGUAGUAGCUGACAGUAAAUCCUCUAUCAAUUAAAAGACAUUACCCACGUAGCAAAGAAGAUGAUGCUGAAAUAGGCAACAGAAAGAAACAGUGACUAAGUGGAUAUGAACUGUCCGCUGUCCUUUGCUGCGGCUCCUGGGUGUGACUGUCCUAUGUGUGUGUAGAGUAUAAGGUCCUAUACUGAAGCAUAAUGCAUACGCAGGAGGCUUGGGCUCUAAAUGUCAUUUCAGCAAUGUGCCUGUGGAAGCUGGGACGCUGCCUUGGAAGUCAGGAAUUGCUGCAUGACCUUUGGGCGUCUGGGAGAGAUGCCUGUACCUGCACCCGGCGCUGGAAGGUGCCAGGCCCUUCCUAGCCCGGCGAUCUGCGGACUGCUUAAUGCCUCCUAGCACACAUCUCCACGGAAAAGAGCACUUCUUCCCGUUUGUCCUCAGUCUGGUGCGGGCUGGUUUUUAUUUUGCCUUGUUGCAAGUAGGCGAAGUCCCUUCGGUCUCCGUCUCCUUUGGAGACACGACGCGAAGGGGAAACUUAGACAUUGGAAGGAGCGAGAAUAAACACCUAAGGACGGCGCGCAGAGCUGAGGCUCAGACCGAAGAACUUGGGGAGCCCGAGGCGGCCCGGGAGACAGGAGAGAUUCCAUUUGUAAGUGAAGGAAGCUGCUUCUACUUGGGAGUGGCAGGAAAAGUGAGAAAACCACAUGGAAGACUCCCAGGAUUUAAAUGAACAAUCAGUAAAGAAAACGUGCACAGAAUCCGAUGUUUCGGAACCUCAGAAUUCCAGGUCUAUGGAAAUGCAGGACCUGGCAAGCCCUCACACUCUCGUUGGAGGUAGUGAUACGCCUGGUAGCUCCAAACUGGAUAAACCUAAUCUCAGCAGCACGUCCGUCACUACAAACGGGACAGGAGGGGACAACAUGACUGUUUUAAAUACGGCAGACUGGUUGCUGAGUUGCAACACGCCCUCCUCCGCAACAAUGUCUCUUCUUGCAGUCAAAACAGAGCCUUUGAACAGCAAUGAAACCACAACCACGACUGGAGAUGGAGCGCUUGACACUUUUACUGGGUCAGUAAUAACAAGCAGCGGCUAUAGCCCCCGAUCAGCGCAUCAGUACUCCCCACAGCUAUAUCCCUCCAAGCCCUAUCCACACAUUCUUUCUACACCAGCAGCUCAAACAAUGUCUGCCUACGCAGGCCAGACUCAGUAUUCGGGGAUGCAGCAGCCAGCGGUGUACACAGCCUACUCACAGACAGGACAGCCCUACAGCCUGCCCACCUACGAUCUGGGUGUGAUGUUGCCAGCCAUCAAGACAGAGGGUGGCCUUUCCCAAACUCAGUCACCACUGCAGAGUGGCUGCCUCAGUUACAGCCCGGGGUUUUCUACCCCGCAGCCAGGCCAGACGCCUUACUCUUACCAAAUGCCAGGUUCUAGUUUUGCACCAUCCUCCACUAUUUAUGCAAAUAACUCAGUUUCGAACUCAACAAAUUUCAGUGGUUCGCAACAGGAUUACCCAUCCUACACAGCCUUUGGCCAAAAUCAGUAUGCACAGUAUUACUCAGCGUCAACGUAUGGAGCGUAUAUGACAUCAAAUAACACUGCUGACUGCACGCCACCAUCAGCGUCCACUUACCAGCUGCAGGAGUCUCUCCCCGGGCUUACUAGCCAACCAGGAGAAUUUGACACCGUGCAGAGCCCCUCCACACCCAUCAAAGAUCUUGAUGAUCGAACAUGUAGGAACUCUGGAUCGAAGUCCCGGGGAAGAGGCCGGAAAAAUAACCCCUCUCCACCUCCCGACAGUGACCUGGAGCGUGUGUUUGUCUGGGAUUUGGAUGAAACCAUCAUUGUUUUUCACUCUCUCCUCACUGGAUCUUAUGCACAGAAGUACGGCAAGGAUCCUCCCAUGGCCGUAACCCUUGGACUCCGAAUGGAGGAAAUGAUUUUUAACCUUGCUGAUACACAUUUGUUUUUUAAUGACUUAGAGGAGUGCGAUCAAGUUCACAUAGAUGAUGUUUCCUCUGAUGAUAACGGGCAGGACUUAAGUACCUACAGUUUUGCAACUGAUGGCUUCCAUGCAGCUGCAAGUAGUGCAAACCUUUGUUUGCCAACAGGUGUAAGAGGAGGAGUGGACUGGAUGAGGAAGUUGGCUUUUCGUUACAGAAGAGUAAAAGAGUUAUAUAACACCUACAAGAACAAUGUCGGAGGACUCCUUGGCCCUGCAAAGAGGGACGCCUGGCUGCAGUUGAGGGCAGAGAUUGAAGGCCUGACAGAUUCCUGGCUCACAAAUGCACUUAAAUCUUUAUCAAUUAUUAGCACUAGGAGUAACUGUGUAAAUGUCUUGGUCACAACAACCCAACUGAUCCCAGCACUUGCAAAGGUUCUACUCUAUAGCUUAGGCGGUGCUUUCCCCAUUGAAAAUAUUUACAGUGCAACUAAAAUAGGAAAAGAAAGUUGCUUUGAACGAAUAAUGCAAAGGUUUGGCAGAAAAGUAGUAUAUGUUGUAAUUGGGGAUGGUGUAGAAGAAGAACAGGCAGCAAAAAAGCACAACAUGCCCUUUUGGAGGAUAUCAAGUCACUCGGACCUCUUGGCUCUACAUCAAGCACUGGAAUUAGAGUAUUUGUAACUGUGUUCUCUAGCUGGAGAUCCACUUUUUUAUAUUUCAAGUACACUGAAUUUUUAUGUGUGAUUCAAUGCCUCUGGCUCUACACAUAUAAAUUGUCUUAAAGGAUGAAAUCAUACUUGGAAUGAGAAUUCCGGAAUGAAGAAUUCAGAUUACUGAAUGGAAUUAAACUUUAGUGCUACAGAAAGGAAACUCUAUGGUCUUAUAUUUACAACACGGUAAUGGUUUAAAAAAUCUAUGGAGGUUGCUGGUGCACAUGGAAUGAGUCCCAACUGGAAUGAACAGCUUUAGCAAAGAACUCUCAAGCCUCCCACACAGCAACACCUGAGCUCCGUGUGACAAGGUGAUCAACAACAUUCCUCAAAAUGGGAGACGCUCUCAGCCCUGAGGUUUGAAUAUGACUUUAGCCUACCUAGCCCAGAAAAUCUGAAUUGGAAUGCACUCAGACUUAUAAGGACAGUCUUCUCUAGACCUGUAAUUUGUGUAAAUUAUUGAUGAAAAUAAUUUACUGAGACUUUAUUAGCAGCUGACUUUGAAAGUGGAUGCAAUUUUUCUUUCAUUUGGUGGGGAGGGGAGAGGGAAGGGAGAUGGGAAUAUAAUAUUGUCUCUUUUUUAAGUUUGGCAAACAGAAUGUUCAUACUGACGUGUUGUGCCUUAAAGACAAGACAGCAUUUGUGUGUUACCAUGUAACUUUGGUUUAAAAAAAAACCUCUGUAGAUAAAAAAAAGCAAAAAAAAAAAUUGUAAUAAUUCUUAACAUGACCAAAUUUAAAAUUAAAGCUAUCAAAGUUUAUUACUAUAUAAAAAAGAAACCAAGUAUUUGUUGCAAAAAAAACCCUAUCAGUAGCAAUAAAGUGAAGCUUAUAUUGUAUUUGGGUUCUUAAUAAUUCCAGUAAUUGUAUGAGGCAACUCUCUGUGCAUCCAGCCAUACAGAGAAGGUUUGGGAGAAACGGGACCUUUACUUGGAAAGCAAAAUUUACACAGAAGUCUCAAGGAUCCUUUCUACAGUUCUACUGAAGAAAGCCUAAGAGCCAUAUUCUUGACAAGUUGCAGUUUUGAGUUUGAGACUUUUGAUUUAUAAAUUGUCUAGAGAAGUACCUGACUAUGAAAAUUAUUUCCAGUCAUCAAUCAAAUAUCUUUAGAAUAUGCUGUAGACAUAACUUCAAAUUUACACUGAGUGAAUAUGCCUUAAAUAUAAUACAACUAAGUACAUUUAUUCCCAAUGCCACUUGAGAAAGGGAAGUAUCCCCAGUCAUGAAAGGUGGGUGCACCAGAUAACUUCCAAGGAAUGAAGUGAGUCUAUAAAAAUUUCACCCAGAAUAUCACCAUAAACUGAAUUAGCAAGUGAGCCAGAUUUUGGCAGCUUCAUCAAAUGACAACAUUGAAAUAGUACUGGUUCCCUGUCUUAACACAUCCAUCCAAGGUCUCCACAUUACAGACUUGGAUGUGUUGGGUUUUGCCCGUACUGUUACUGAACAACAGAGUGCUUUCAUUGCAAGGAGGACCUGUUAUUGUUGUGUUUGCAUGUUGUUUUCUUCAUUGAUAUGUAGCCCGUGUUGGAAACAUGGUACAGGUUUUCCUGUCAUUUUUUAUGACAUGAUUUCCCUUGUAGAAAUUUUAAGACUUUGAGAUCUAAAGUAUUCUAGGGGCUUCUGCACAUGCAGCUGUGCAUUGAAAAUAGCACGAUGUGAGUGCUGGAGAGUCCAGCUAGGAGUCGGGGUCUCUAACUAGAGGUUGGUUCACAAUGGGCCAUCAACAGAGGCUUCUGAGUUCUAGAUGAGGUCACUUCUUGGCUCCUAGGUCACUACAUGCACUAUGGAGAGACAGUUUUAUUUGGUUAGACCCUAAACCUGCAUUUCUUCAUUGACUUCUGAGGCCACGUUUAUGAUGGGCAGACAGGUAAUGAGAUCUCAAUUGCCUAUAUUCAUCAGAUAAACUUUGCACUUUCAAUGGGGCUGCCCUUACCCCAAGUACUACAGCAAGCAAAUUAUGGUUGGAAUCUUUUUAUAAUACUAUUACUCAAACAAUAAUACAUUGUAUACUUCUGUUGACCUCUACUUUGAAAAUAGCAAUUAGAAAAAUUAAAGAGUUGGAAUUGAUUCUCAGUACUUUUACAUGCUAAGAUCUGUAAUACUUAUCAUCAUGAAUAAAACAAGCUAUUUUUGCUUUAUAGCCAGCUUCUUUAAAACACAGAACUAUGGCACUAUGUCUAAAUUCUUGAUUCAAUUUUUAUACCAAGGAAGCAAGUCCUCCUGUGUUGCUAAAGGUUCAGGUACCUAAAGAACCAACACAAAGCUGCCUAAUAGGCUCUAGCCUCUCCCAGUGCUGUUUUACACACACACGCACGCACACACACACACACACACACACACACA